AUAGUUCUCCAAAUAGAUAACAUAAAAUGAAAUUUGAGACUUCACACUUUGAAAUCUUCUCCUAACAGACUUAAACAAAAACUAAAGAAUUGUCCAAACAAAAACAAUUAAACACGGGGCACUGGACUGAUUAAGAACAUAAACUUUAUCUGGAUUUUCUAUAUAAUUCUUAAGAUUUGGUAGAAACAUAAUAAAGAAGCAAAGGAUAAAGAUUUUUUAAGAAAAUGAGUUAAAAUAUUGCUACAAGAAGCCCAAGUCAAUGUCGGUAUUUAUUUUUGAAUUAAUAUUCCCUAGAUCUCAUCAUCAGAAAUUCAAUCCUUUUGUAGUCUAAGGAAAAUCUUACAAGCCUGCUAAGAAAUUCAAAUAAUCUAACAAGCUUUCGUAUCUUAAGAUGAGAAGUAAAUAAUACAUAAGAUAAUUAUUCCAAAAACUUAGAAGUGCAAGAUCUGAAUCUAUUUCAGAAGAGGAGCUUGACUAAGUUAUUUAAUGA